AUGUCAUUUAAGAUCCCGCGAGUUGGCCCUCAGAGAAGAGCGAUGGAAAUAAAUUUGGAAGAUAAUCAAAGCCGUUCGAGCUCUCAAGACCGAAGUUUUGGUUCACAGUCUACUGUUAACCUACAGCUUUCAAAAGAUGAAUUUGAAGAGUCAUUAAGUCAAAGUUUUUCCGAAGAUGGAUCUUCUUACUGGAGCUCUUUGCGAAGUAUAUGGAAGUAUAAUGACCACGAAGACAGUUCAGUCUUAGAAAAGGACGACGACUACAGUGAUGUUUUGAAACUUAGUGGUCACUUGGGUGAUAUAAAUGAGUCUAUUGAUCACUUGACAAACGCAUUAAGUACAUCAGGAAGCAUGAUGGCAUGUGCGGCCCAGGACGACUCAGUGAUGAAAGUAGUCAAUUCGGUCAAGCAAAUAGCUCAAGAGAAAAACGUUUUGAUGAGCAAGCAGCUGUCCUUAACUCAUUCCAUAGAGAACCUGAAGGAGUACCCACAAACUAUUUCAAAAUGCUUAGACAGACUCUUUCUGAAAGUCAAGACUUCUUUCUCCGAUGAAUCUGAUGCUUGCAGUUUAUUGCCAGCCAAUUGUCUAAACAAACUCAAAGAAUCCCUUAAUUUGUAUAGAAACAACUUCAAUAACAUAUUGAGAUCAAGCGUCAGUAACUUCAGCAACAAAAAUGACGCUAUACUUCGAAGUACUGAAGCAGAGACAAUAACUAAGAAACAUAUCUCACAGAGUCCGAAAAGAUGCACGUUAGAUACCACGCAUCGUCCCCUUUCUAUUCAAAUGAAGUUUCGGACACCACUAUCCAAAACCAACAGAAAAUUAAACAUACGUUCUAUACCAAGAACAACGAACUACCACCGGACACAAAACAUGGGCAAGGGAAGUGAUUCAUUCCAAAACAUAAGGACAACAAACAGAUAUCAACUGAGGAAUCGUUUCGCUAACUAUGAGGACAUAAAUCCUGAAUUAUCUUCACCAAAUGAAUCACUUGACAGUAUUGAUUGUGUAUCUUUAUCAAGCAUAACCGACAUAUAA